UUCACUAGACCUCAAGAGGCCAGAGCCAAGUGUCAACCGAGGACGUCACAGACUUGCAGGCUCAGCCAGCAUCAGUCCUGAGCAACGCUUCUGCCCAGCAUGGAGUCCUCUGCAGAAUCAGCAAGCCUAAGAAAUAUUAUCAACUCAUUGCACUAAAGUCUACUGGGGGUUCCUGCUGAUAUACUCCAACCCAUUUUUGAAAAAGUAGUGUUUUCCAGCAUCCUCACCUAUCCAGAACAUAAAUAAAAACUUGGGAGUUUCUUGCUUACUAAUGAAAGCUAUGAAGUCUAAGUCCAUCUGGGCCCAGAACCCAUGUUGUAGCAUAAUGGUAUUUCAUCCAACCAAAGAAGAGUUUAAUGAUUUCGAUAACUACAUUGCUUAUAUGGAAUCCCAAGGUGCACACCGAGCAGGCCUGGCUAAGAUAAUACCACCCAAAGACUGGAAAGCCAGAGAGACCUACGACGAUAUCAGUGACAUCUUAAUAGCUGCUCCCCUCCAGCAGGUGACUUCUGGGCAGGCAGGUGUGUUUACUCAAUACCACAAAAAGAAGAAAGCCAUGACCAUGGGUGAGUACCGCCACUUAGCAAACAGUGAAAAACAUGGGACUCCACCACACUUGGAUUUUAAGGACCUGGAGCGAAAAUAUUGGAAAACACGCCUCUUUGGUUCACCAGAAUAUAGUGCGGACGUCAGUGGCUCCUUAUUCGAUACAAACACGAAGCAGUGGAGCCUUGGACACCUGGGAACCAUUCAGGACCUGCUGGAGCGGGAGUGCGGAGUGGUCAUCGAAGGCGUCAACACCCCCUACCUGUACUUCGGCAUGUGGAAGACCGCCUUCGCCUGGCACACGGAGGACAUGGACCUUUACAGCAUCAACUACCUGCACUUCGGGGAGCCCAAGACGUGGUACGCGGUGCCCCCGGAGCACGGCCGGCGCCUGGAACGCCUGGCCAGGGAGCUUUUCCCGGGCAGCUCGCGGGGCUGUGAGGCCUUCCUGCGGCACAAGGUGGCUCUCAUCUCGCCCACGGUCCUCAAGGACAACGGCAUCCCCUUCGGUCGGGUCACUCAGGAGGCUGGAGAGUUCAUAGUCACGUUUCCCUAUGGCUACCACUCUGGCUUCAACCAUGGCUUCAACUGCGCGGAAGCCAUCAAUUUCGCCUCCCCGCGCUGGAUCGAUUACGGCAAAGUGGCCUCGCAGUGCAGCUGCGGGGAGGCCCGGGUCGCCUUCUCCAUGGACGCCUUCGUGCGCAUCCUGCAACCGGAGCGCUACGAGCUGUGGAAACGCGGGCAGGACCGGACCGUGGUGGACCACACGCAGCCCACGGCGCCGGGCAGCCAGGGCCUGAACGCCUGGAGGGAGAUCCUCUCGGCCGGGGGAGCCGCUCUCGUCCCGAGGCACCACCAGCCCCGCCGCGCUCCGCGCCCCCGUGGGCCUGUAGCCGCGGGCGGUGGGACCCGCCCGCGAGUCCCUGAGCCUGCUGUGUCCCGGAGCCUCUCGUCGGCCCGGGGUUCUUGCUCUGCCGCCCAGUUCGGGGCUGCGGCCACCAGCACCUCCGGGGAGCCCGGCCCGACCCAGCCGCCGACCCCAGGUCCAUCCGCCCCGGAUCGCCACCCAGCUGGAAGCUGUGGCCCUCGUCGUCGGCCUUGGGAACAGGGGACUCAGGAGCCAACUGCUCCCCCCAGGGCUAAGAGGAGGCUUUCCUUAGACAUCGCUCAGGACCCAGAGGCUCAGCCCCUGCCUGUGGAUGCACCCUCGCCGGACAACGCUCACCCGCUCAGCCCUGGGCUCCAGCAACCCGCCGAGGAUUCUGGGUGUGGUUGUGGCCCUGUCCCCUAAGCCCAGGGGAUGCCUUUCUAACCCACUGCUCUUGCGUGGGGAUCCUUUGAGACUGGUCGCAUUUACAUUUCAGAGCUUUGGGUAUUGGCAGGUCACUAGUCUCUCUCCUUUUCCUCUUUCCCCUUCCCUUUCCACUUUUCUUGCCAAACUAGGCCCUUUUGACCAAUUAGGUCAGUAGAGACUCAGAUGAUAAUUGAUAAUCUUUCUGAGUCUUUGAUGUAUUGAAAAUGUGUUCUCUGCCAGUAUGGUAAGCAGAAUGUUAAAAUCUGACUUUACUAAAUAUAUUAAAGGUAACCAGAAUGUUAAAAUCUGACUUUAUUUUUUGUGGUGUUCAUUCAGUCAACUGAGAGGUGGUCGUUUUUUCUGUGCUUUUCUGAAUAGUUAUAUCAAAACAUUGCAAGCAAAACUUAUUUUUAUGAGCUUGUUGCCUUGUGUGAUGUUGGUGAGUGGGUUUGGGGUUGAUUGUUGGGUUCCAGCUGGCUGGCUGGGUUGGGGGAUUUGGUUGGCAGCCCUAUCUGAAGGAUGACUUGGUGGAAAUCACCUGGCACUUGGCUGAUCCAAGUUGCUAGCAGAGAUGAGCAAACAUAGGGCAAAAAGGGCCAGCAUGUGAAAAUCUUCUCUCCCAAGUCUCCACUGACUUCUCAGUGCUGUAUGUACAUUUCACGGGGUUAAGUCACUGAUACAUUCCAAUCAACACAUCCAAAAAUAAAUGAACAAGACAAUUUCAAGUGGGCAUAAGUUCUGUGAAGGGAUUAAAGGGGAUGGGGUGAUAGUGCAGAAUGGGCACUGUGUUUCUGGUGGUCAGGGGAUGCUUCAUGGAGCAGGAGACCUUUCUGAGUCCGAAAGGACAAGAAGGAAGGUCCAGAGCUGAUUGCCACUUGGAUGAAACAACAACUGUAACAGCCCGAACACAGAGCUUGGUGUUUUUGUGUGGAUAGAGAGGAAGCUCAUUUGUGUCUGGGGCAUAGAGAAGGGAGAGGCAAGGUCCAGGGUAUGUAGGACCUGUAGAUCAUAGUAAAUAUUGGGAGUUUUUUUCAGCUUGAAAUGAGAAGGCAUUGGAAGUUUAAAACAGCACAUGACAUGAUAUAAUUUGCAUAUUUAAGUAAUCACCUUAAUUGUUCUCUGGACCCCUUAGGGGCAGGAGAAGUAGUUAGUACAACUAAGUAACACAGGUGAGAAUUGAUGGUUACUGACUUAGGCCAUAGUGCUGAGAAUGCACAGAAGCAGCCAAACUCAAAAUCAAUUUUAGAAAUUGAAAAUGAUUGUUUGGAUGCAGAAGGAAACAUUUCAGAGCAUCAAACCACAUCUCUCUUCCCUCCAGCUCCCCCGUACAGAAUUUCAGGAAGGUUCUGGAAUUUGAAGCACCAUGUAAAACUACAGGCAGGAGUAAUGAAAAAGUAAGGCUUCUUUGAAGUUCUGAUUGAGGAGUAGCCAAAGCCCAUGUGCCAUCCCCAUCACCAUGCAGCUGGGCAACUCUGGGGUAGCAUAUUCUGCGGCAAACUGAAGCUGAGAGGCUGAACUCAGGAUCCUCAGUGGAGGACGGCAGUGAGAUGCUUUGCUGAAAAGAGGAUUAAGCCCUGUAUUGAGAUGGUGGAACCACAUGAUGGAAGCAGACUGGAAGUACUGGGAAGGCAGCAGCCCUGGAGAGCAACUGGACCAUAGUAGAUCUCAUAUGAGCAAGGAGUAAACUUUCAUGUGAUAAGUAACUGAGACCUUGAGGGCUUUUGAUCCUUUAAUUUAGGUCAGUGGUGGAUAUGGCAGUGCAGAGAAAUAAGGGAACUCUGAAAAGUCUCUAUGAAGACAGUAGCCUGGCUCAUAUUGC